GGAGGUGAUCCCCCAGUUCCCGCCGCCGCCGCCGCCGCCAUGGCGCUCCGCCGCAUCAACCUCAGGAAGAAGCCGCUGCUCCUCCCUUCACGCCCCUUCUCUUCCUCAUCCAACCCUCCCUUCCCUCCUCCCCCGCCACCGCCCAACGACGGCGUCGACGGCGCCCCCCAUCCCCGCUCCUCUCCCGCCGCCCCCAAGCCCGGGGAGGGGCACAGCAGCCCCACGGCCUCUCUCUUCCAGGACAUCCGCGAGCGGCUCCGGUCCACCCCCUCGCAGCCGUCGUCGCGAUGGAUCCCGACCAGCCCGCCGCCCCGCCCCUCCGGGCACGCCCCGCCGACGACCUCCUUCGACGACAUCCGCCGCAGGCUCGAGUCCUACCGCGACUCCAUCGACACGAGGGGCGCCGCUCCUUGGGCCUCUCCCGACGGCGGCGCCCCCUCCUUGCACGACCUGAUGAGGGGCAGGUCCGCCCCGACCUCUCCUCAGGCCCCCGCCGCCGGGGGGAAGACUACCAACUUCGAAUCCAUCGUAGAGAGCUUGAAAAAUUUCACCCCUACACGGCAGCCGCAACAGCGGAGGCAGCCUCAUUCGCCAACGCCGUUCAUGUCCCCCGUUCCUAACAGCAUCUUCGGGAAGGAGCUUGGGGAGAGAGGGAGAAAGGCGGAAGGCGAGGAGGGCUCUGUCAUUGAGCUUAAGAGGGAAUACAGCUACGAAGAGCUCGGGAAGAAGCUCGGCCAACUGCGACCGUCCGGCGGAGUGAAGGAAUUCUCGCUUCAGGAGCUGCAGGGAAGAAUCUCCAAGCUGUCGGAGUUGGACAUGGAAAAUGACACGCUGUUCGGCGGGGAAUACGGGGAAUUCCGGCAGACCCUCCGCAACCUGCAGAAGAGAACAGAGGAGCAAAAUAGGAAGAUGAGAUCAAUGCAGGGACUGCCAUUUAUUGCAAACAUUGGUGGGGAGACAACGCCGCAAUACUUGCAGCAUCCUCCACAGGAGGAGUUACUGGAGAGGUAUUUCCAUCCGGACCACAUGUCAUCAGAGGAGAAGAUGAAGUUGGAGCUCCAGAGGGUGAGGGACGAGUUUAAGAUGUCAGAAAAUGACUGCGGUUCUGCGCGAGUUCAAAUUGCGCAAUUGACUGUAAAAAUCAAGCAUUUGUCAGCUGUUCUACACAAAAAGGAUAAACAUUCCAGAAAGGGACUUCAGGAUAUGGUCCAAAGGAGGAAGAAGUACCUCAAGUACUUGCGUAGAACUGACUGGGACUCGUACUGUCUUGUCCUGUCGAAGCUGGGGCUUCGCGAUGUACCAGAGUACAAAGCUCCUGAUUAUAAGAGCAAGUCCACCAGUAAAGCAAAAUCUAAGAAGAGCAAGAGCAAGAACAAGAGAAAGACGAAAGCAUAAAACUGUAACCAAGAUCUUCCCCUCUCCCUCCCUGUGGGCCUUGAACUGCAUGGGCAGACUAUCGAUCGAAAAUACUCGAAAUGACUCGAUCUAGCCUCUCUGUGUUGUAUUUUUAAUCUUUUGGUAAUAACCACAGACUGUUAAUCUUUUUUUUGGUAGCAACAUUUUCUUAUUUUUUUCAUGCGGAAGGUGCAGCCAUCCUGUAAUAGCAACAUGUUUUCUUUUAUAGAUUUUGCUUCUGACCUCACAUUCUACUUCCAGGGAGAUGGUAUUUUGGAACAUGCAGGAUGCCAAUACCUUAUUUUAUUCAUUUGUGUUCAA